AGGUCCUACAAAGCUAGAUUUCUGUCUGUACGAAUAACAAAGGUUUUAGAUACUUCAAGACUCAAGAGCGACGUACUAACAAGACAACUGAGAGAAUAUCGCAACCAGAAACAUUACUGUCACACUUCUGAUAUUAUUGAAGUGGUUAAAUACGUAAGGUUAAUGUGAACUGGACAUGUAUCGAGCAUGGAAGAUGCUGGGAUGGGAAGUGAUUCCACGAGUGGUGAUUUCUUUUCUAUGGAUUCAGAAUUUUGCUGGUGGAGGACAUCAAGCUUCAAAAAAAGGGACAAAGGAUAGCAUAGCUGAAUCUAGUGCCUUGAGCCCUGAGGUUCAAGGCAUUCCAGGAGUUGUUGUUCUCUAUUCUAAACAAUCAACCAAAGCAGAAUUUGUUACUGAUAAACAUGACUAUCCUGAGAGUUCAAGAAGAAUUUUGAACCCUGUCCCAGGUUUCCAAGGACCGGAUGCUGUUCGGAAUAAUCAGAAGCAAGGUGGUGUGAAGCCUAACUGUGCACAGGACAUGUUUUUCUGCUUGUAUGAUAAUGACUAUCCCACAGAUACUGUGCAUGAUAUCAUCAACAAUUAUCAUGAUGAUAUUCAUCAUAUGUAUCAUGGACUGAACCAGUACCCUCAAAAGGAAUACAUUGCACAUGAUAAUUAUACCCAUGGAUACAGACACAAAGGCAACUUUGUGUGUGAGUCAGACGUAUCAUACAUCCGACCAGGUUGGGCCAAAAACUGGAAGAAUGAAUGGGUAACAGUUGUUAACACCGAAAAAUAUCCACAGAGUAUUCGUGUUGAGCUAUGCAAGUAUGGUGGGAAGAAAUGUGAAUACCUACCACCUUGUUACAAGUCAUUCUGUGUGCAACGUUAUGCUUAUGUUAAAUUGUUAUGCGUGGAUCCCUUCAAUCCGCACCAUCGUCCAAUUGUGGAUGUUUUUGAGAUUCCUACUGCUUGUUCAUGUUUUGUUGAAAAUUUUGUUUACUAUUAAACUUCUGAAAAUGUAAAAUUCAUUACUAUGAAUGUAUUACACUGUUAUAAUAUGUAGCAUAUAAACCAGUGCUCUUAUUCUGAUAUGCAGGGCUAUAAACAUAUCUCAGCAUUUUACAUUAUGCUGUAAUAUCAUUUCCACAUAAAUAUAUAUUUAUUUAUUACAUUAACAUACUGAAUUAUUAAAUAGUUUGAUUCUGUUCAUAUCAAAUGUUUUAUGAGAUGACUUUGGGUCCAAAAAUAAGUCUGGAAUGUAGAUAUAGCAUGAACUAGCUCUGAUUUAAAAAUAUAUAUUAAUUUACCUGCUCUGAAACAACAUCCCUUUGUUUGCUGAAACAUAAUAGUUUAGUUUUAAAACUGUACAGUAAAUUUUGAUUCUGUGACUCCAUUAAUUUUUUAAGAUAAAAAUAAUGUAUAUGUAUAUGAAACAAAGUUUCAGUUAAAACUACUCUUUCAAAGGAAACCACUGAGAUUCACCAGGGUCAUAUUCAACAUAUAACAGUCCUGCACCUUAAUUGUCUUUAAAUGUAUCUGUUCAAAACAUAUAAUGUGCCAAACAUCAAUUCUAAAUUCUCAAUUAGUUGUAAAUUUCUGCCAAUAAAACAUCAAACAACAAACUCAGAAACAAAGUAUUGUCCACUUUACUAAUUUUUCUUCUUAAUACAUUAUUUUUCUUUUGCAUUAUAACUGCAAAAAAUAUCAACAAGUUUAUAGUGGGUGCUGCUACUGAAGAAAUUAUUAUUGCAAUCUUAAGGCACAAUAGAUCAUUGAAGGUCGCAGUGCAGGGGCCGGUUUUUAUGGCCCACCCCUUACAUACAUACAUAUUCAAUCUUAACUGUUUUAUUGCUAUUCCUUUGUUUCCCUGUGAACCAUUCAACAUGAGCUAAUAAUAAAUAAAAAUGCUUAUAUUAAAGAUAAAUGGCAUUUGGUCAACUGAUUCAUUAAUGGUAUGGUGGACAGAACAGCGUUCAACCAGCUCUCUAUCUCUACAUUUGACAAUGUAAUCCAAAUCUUAAGAGCAGAGGAAAGAGAAAAUAGUCGUUUUUGUCUUAAGUAAGGGUAUGAAUGAAAUGGUUGAGGAUUUGUCGUAUUUAAAAUCAAUGUGUCUGAAUUUUGUUGAUGAGAUGUAUGUUCAGCCUCAAAUGGGACAUCAACUAACAAAGGCUUUUGAAGUUUCACCUCAAAUGUAAACA